AUGCCCGUGGAAGCGAAUCCAAGUUUGGGAUUUCGCGGAAGUGCGGCGCUUGACCUUCACAAAUUGAUCUCAAAGCUUUCAAAUGGCGGCAACACUUUCGUGUAUGGUACGGCUUACCAAGCGCUAAUAGUGGAACGUCUUAUGCAUCUCGACCCUCCUGAAGUUACUGGGUACGCCAAUGAGUACCACGGGAUUAUACAAUUAUAA